AUGCCAACACAAGGAAAAAGCAGCAAAAUGCUGCAACAUAUUAAUUACCGUAUGCGUUGUACAUUACAAGAUGGUCGUCAACUUGUUGGAACAUUUAAAGCAUUUGACAAACAUAUGAAUCUUAUUCUAGCCGAUUGUGAAGAAUUUCGUAAAGUACGAAGUAAAACAGAUAAAGGUGAACGUGAAGAACAACGACCAUUAGGUUUAAUUUUACUACGUGGUGAACAUUUAGUUUCAAUGACAGUCGAAGGACCACCACCAAAAGAGGAAGUUGGAAUUGCUCGAGUACCGACAAGUGCAGCAGCCGCACAAGGUGCUGGUCGUGCAGCUGGACGUGGUGUCAUACCACCAGUACCAGGUGCACCCAGUUUUGCUGCUCCUGGUCUUCAAGGACCAGUACGUGGUAUUGGUGGACCGGGAUUUAAUCAAAUGAACCCUGCUGGACGUGGCAUGCCAGGAGGUAUCAGAAUGCCACCUGUUCCACCGCCAAUGGGAGCACGUCCUCCAGGGAUGUAA